AGGUAUCUUGUGUUUGCUGUACUUUGUGUGGGAUUCAUUCUUGCUGUGUGUGAUGCAGCUUGUUUUAAUCAACCUCCUCCAAAUUUACAAUCUGGUCAGAAACCCUUAAAGGGAUGUCUUUUUGAAGGCAGUCUGCAUAAGUUUGGCAGUAAAUGGUUAACAAAGGAAUGUUUGGAUUGUUCCUGUGCUUCUGAUGGCUCAGUUUUUUGCUGUACUAGGCUCGGCUUAUCCAUAGGCUUUGAUGAAAGCCGAUGUAAAUAUAUUGAAGAUAAGAAAGCAUGCACCUGGAAACUGGUUUCCAAGGAGGAUCCUACAAAGGAUUGUUAA